ACUAUCUGUACAGUACAUACUAGCCAGGACAGAAGGAACAGUUAAGUUAACCAGCUGCGAGGCGAGGAAUGCAGGUGAAUAGCUAAAUAGGCUAGUAGUUUUGCUAGUUAGCAAGAUAACUACACGUGACCAACAAAAAAGGAAUUAAUAUACAAAAGGAACAAGAAAGGUUGCGAAGAUAGCUUAGUAAAGACAUUCAUAUCAGCAACGCCCGACAGAAUCUCCAGAAAACUCCAGGUCUGCUGCUUCGAGAUGCCUGAAGCAAAUGAUCAGCCCAUGGAGGAGGAGGUGGAGACUUUUGCCUUCCAGGCGGAGAUUGCCCAACUGAUGUCCCUGAUUAUCAAUACUUUCUACUCCAACAAAGAGAUCUUCCUCAGGGAGCUCAUCUCCAACUCCUCAGAUGCUCUUGACAAAAUCAGAUAUGAGAGCCUGACAGACCCUGCCAAGCUGGAUUCUGGGAAAGACCUCAAGAUUGACAUCAUUCCGAACAAAGAGGAGCGCACGCUAACCCUCGUCGACACAGGCAUCGGGAUGACUAAGGCUGACCUGAUCAACAACCUGGGAACCAUUGCCAAGUCAGGAACGAAGGCUUUUAUGGAGGCCCUGCAGGCUGGGGCUGACAUCUCUAUGAUUGGUCAAUUUGGUGUGGGCUUCUAUUCCGCCUACCUGGUAGCUGAGAGGGUGACCGUCAUCACCAAGCACAAUGACGAUGAGCAGUAUACCUGGGAAUCAUCUGCUGGGGGCUCUUUCACAGUCAAAGUGGACACCUGUGAGCCUCUGGGCCGUGGAACAAAAGUGAUUCUGCAUUUGAAAGAGGACCAGUCCGAAUACCUUGAGGAGCGGAGGGUGAAAGAAAUUGUAAAAAAGCACUCCCAGUUUAUUGGAUACCCUAUUACACUGUUUGUGGAGAAAGAGCGUGAUAAGGAGGUGAGUGACGAUGAGGCAGAGGAGGAAAAGGACAAAGAGGAAAAGAGUGAAGAGGACAAACCUGACAUUGAGGAUGUGGGCUCUGACGAAGAGGAGGAUGAGAAACAGAGCUCCGACAAGAAGAAGAAGAAGAAGAUCAAGGAGAAGUACAUUGACCAGGAGGAGCUGAACAAGACCAAGCCCAUCUGGACAAGAAACCCAGAUGACAUUACCACAGAGGAGUACGGCGAGUUUUACAAGAGCCUGACCAAUGACUGGGAGGACCACCUGGCUGUAAAGCACUUUUCAGUUGAAGGCCAGCUGGAGUUCAGGGCCCUCCUCUUUGUGCCAAGGCGUGCCCCCUUCGACCUGUUUGAGAACAAGAAGAAGAAGAACAACAUCAAGCUCUAUGUGCGCAGGGUGUUCAUCAUGGACAACUGUGAUGAGCUCAUACCAGAAUACCUCAACUUCAUCAAAGGUGUGGUGGACUCUGAGGACCUUCCCCUGAACAUCUCCAGAGAGAUGUUGCAGCAGAGCAAGAUCCUGAAGGUGAUCCGUAAGAACCUGGUGAAGAAGUGCUUGGAGCUGUUUACUGAGCUUGCUGAGGCUAAGGACAACUACAAGAAGUGCUAUGAGCAGUUCUCCAAGAACAUCAAGCUUGGAAUCCAUGAGGAUUCUCAGAACCGCAAGAAGUUGUCAGAGCUGCUAAGAUACUAUACCUCUGCCUCUGGAGAUGAGAUGGUGUCCCUCAAGGACUAUGUCACUCGCAUGAAGGACAAUCAGAAACAUAUCUACUACAUUACUGGUGAGACAAAAGACCAAGUGGCCAACUGUGCCUUUGUGGAGCGCCUUCGCAAGGCGGGCCUUGAGGUAAUCUACAUGAUUGAGCCCAUCGAUGAGUACUGCGUCCAGCAGCUCAAAGAGUUUGAAGGAAAGAACCUGGUGUCUGUGACCAAAGAGGGCCUGGAGCUGCCUGAGGAUGAGGAGGAGAAGAAAAGGCAAGAGGAGAAAAAAGUAAAGUUUGAGAACCUCUGCAAGAUUAUGAAAGACAUCUUGGAGAAGAAAGUAGAGAAGGUCACAGUCUCCAACCGCUUAGUGGCUUCCCCCUGCUGCAUUGUCACCAGCACUUAUGGCUGGACAGCCAAUAUGGAGAGGAUAAUGAAAGCUCAGGCGCUGAGGGAUAACUCCACUAUGGGCUACAUGGCUGCAAAGAAGCACCUUGAGAUUAAUCCCGAGCACCCCAUUGUCGAGACUCUCAGACAGAAGGCCGAGGCUGACAAAAACGACAAGUCAGUAAAGGACCUAGUCAUCCUUCUCUUCGAGACUGCAUUAUUAUCCUCAGGCUUCACGUUGGAUGAUCCCCAAACACACUCAAAUCGCAUCUACAGGAUGAUUAAGCUUGGCCUGGGUAUUGAUGAGGAUGACAUGUCAAUGGAGACGGAAACUAAACCUGCUACUGUUGAGGAUAUGCCGCCCUUGGAAGGAGACGACGAUGCAUCCAGGAUGGAGGAAGUCGACUGAGUUUGAAUGCUUAACUUUAGUUGGUUUGAAAUCUGGAGUACCAGUGCUGACUGCAUGUGACCAAUUUUGAUGCUUAAAAAUGAAAAUCGAUUACCCUGUUCAUUGCAGUACCUGCUGACAUUCUGUAUUUUUAUUAAUUUGUUUUCCAUUUAAUUUUGUAAUGUUUAGUUUUUUUAUUUUGUAUUUUUUACAUUCCAAUACUUUUUUGUGUGUGAAAUAACUUGCGUUGUACAUUUCUUUGAAAUAAAAGUGUUGAAAUGGUUGGAUCUAGAA